AUGGACGUGCAUCGAUGUCGGUUCGUGCCGUAUCGGCCCUCCGCCAUUAACGCUGUCGCCUUCUCGCAUCCCAAGACGAGAUCAGCCAAGCAGAACGCUGUAGCGAGGCUAGCCAUCGGACGUGCCAACGGCGACAUUGAAAUAUGGAAUCCCUCCAGCGGGACCUGGCUCCAGGAGCUCGUUAUUCGAGGCGGAAAGGAUAGGAGCGUUGAUGGAUUGGUCUGGGUAAAUGAGCCCGAUCAGGAUCUAGGCGAGGGUCGUACUGUCUUUGGAAAGUCACGCCUCUUCAGCAUUGGCUACACAUCUACAGUUACAGAAUGGGAUCUCGAAAAGGGCAAACCAAGGCGACAUGCCAGCGGCCAGCAUGGUGAUAUUUGGUGCAUCGCUGCGCAAAUUCAAGGCGACAAACCUCAGAUUGCUGGCGGUGUACAGGUGACCCAACAUUCCAACAAGCUCAUUGCCGGAACCAUUGAUGGAGAGCUGGUCAUGUACUCCCUCGAAGACGACGAUCUGAGAUUCCAGCGAGUCCUCGUCAAAUCGCCCACCAAAAAGGCUCAGAUGGUCAGCAUCACCUUCCAAUCCCGCAAAGUCGUCAUUGUUGGAUGCUCCGACAGCACUAUUAGGGCCUACGACAUUACAAGGGGUCAUAUGCUGCGAAGAAUGACGCUAGGGUCGGAUCUCCUCGGUGGCUCCAAGGAUAUCAUUGUUUGGUCUGUCAAAUGCCUGCCAAAUGGCAACAUUGUCUCUGGCGACUCAACAGGCCAGAUAUGCAUUUGGGACGGGAAGACGUAUACUCAGUCACAAAGAAUUCAGAGCCACAAAUCAGAUGUUCUCAGUCUUGCCACAAGCGCAGACGGAACCGCCAUCAUGAGCGGAGGCAUGGACCGCAGGACAAUGCUCUACAAGCAGAAUUCUGGUGCUGGUCAGCGAUGGAGCAAGGUUUGGGGUCGGCGCUACCACGACCAUGAUGUCAAAGCAAUGGCCGCUUUUGAACACGGACGCAUUAGCGUUGUGGUUUCAGGAGGCCCCGACGCAAGCUUGAUGGUUGUCCCGUUGAAAGAAAUGGGUCGAGAAAACCACAGGAUGAUGAGCAACCUGCCACAACAACCGCCAAUCACCAGCGCACCGAGAGUACGAUUUAUCGCCAGCUGGUGGGAGAGGGAGGUUCAUAUUUGGGUCUUGCGCAAGUCAGCUGCCGAUUUGCUGGACUCUGGAGAGGAAUUUGUUGAUGUCAACCAGAAUCGGAAACUGCUCAAGACUAUCGUUGUCAAGGGAGAUUCAAAUAUUGCUUCGGCCUCAAUCAACCCGGAGGGCACCUUACUCUUUGUGUCUACUGCCACCGACGUUAAAGCUUUCAGGCUUGACCAUGAAGAGCCUACCAAGCCCUCAGACGUGAAGAUGUCGAGCAUUGAACUGCCAGUCAAGCUUUCACGGCUCGGUGCCACACAAGUCAGACUCUCUCCCGAUGGGCGGUGGUUGCUCGCAGUCCAAGAAGGAUCCCGGAUUCUCAUGGCUGAGAUCCAAACCGAACAUACUUCUACAGAAACUAUGCGAGCCCCUGUCAGGCUUCAGCGGCUUUCACGACUUCGCCGCCAGAUUCCAAGAUACAUCCUGAACGGCGGUCUGGGCAACUACGACCGGAGCAUUACGCAAAUCACGUUCAGUGCUGACUCGAAAAUGGUUGCAGUGGCUGAUUUGGCUGGAUACAUUGACACAUGGGUAUUGCGCAGCCACGAGCAGAGUUUGUCGACCGGUGAAGAAAUGGAGACACCUGAUGACGCGGCAUCUGCCUCCUCUGACAAUGACACAUCUGAUGCAGAGGAUGAAGUCGUCACUGACUCGCAAAACCAGUGGGUUCGCAACCCCAAUGCGAAGCUAUUACCCAAACUACCAUCGUCACCGGUUGUUUUUUCCUUCUCGGACUACGUGCCUGAAUCGAAACUGUCUCCAGAAGCUGAAGCCAAAGCCUACGGAGUCGAUGAUUACAUCCUGGCCGCGGUAACCUCAUCAUGGAACAUCUUUGCCUUCAAUCCUCGUCACGGCGCGCUCAGCCCAUGGUCCCGUCGGCACCCUCGUAAGGCCUUGCCCGGACCAGUUCGAGACCUUUUGGAUUUGCCAAAGGGUGUCUUAUGGCAGGGUUCACGGAUGUGGCUGUACGGCGUGUCAUUCUUGCUCAUGCUUGAUAUGGGACAGGACCUUCAUAGGUCCCCCGAAGUUGAGGGGAAUGUUUCGCAGCUCACGCAUGGAACGAAGCGCAAGAGAGUUGGUCGUACCACUGGUGCUGGCGGCAAAAUGGAACGGGAGAACCUCGCCCCGCAUCAAGUUCGAAAGCACGGCGCCGACGAAGAGUGGGAAGAUGUCGAUGUGGUUGAAGCACCUGAAGUUGAUGACAGUGACAGCGAUGUCGACAUGGCGGAUGCCGAUGGUGAAUCGUCUAAGCUUUGCUCCACCACGACCAGCAGCAAGACUGCUCUUCGAACCAUGGCAUCAACCACAGACGAACCCAAGAAGUGGUGGAUAACAUACAAGUAUCGCCCUAUUCUCGGUGUGGUGCCUAUAGACACGCCCGGCCAGAACCUAGAGGUUGCUUUGAUUGAGAGACCUACUUGGGACAUGGAACUGCCCGAGAGGUACUUUGCGGAGGAAGAAUGGGAUCGGACGAACUAA